AUGCACAACAGAAAGACACCAAAUAGUUUCUUCAUCUUUUUAAUACUUCUUUCCAUUUUACAAAUUAAUAUAUGCGAAAUUAUAAUCGAUAGUGAUUAUAAUGUUAGUUCUGACGAUGAUCCAACGACAACUACACAAAAACCAAGAAAUUGCACUCGACAACCAGCUAUCAUAGACAAGCUUUUGAACGGAACCGGAUACAACAAGUUCCGGAUACCAAACGAAAAUGGAGUACCUGUUCAAGUUGAAUUCUGGGUUCAAGCAAUUACGUCAAUUAACGAAAUUACCAAUGAUUUCGAAAUGGAUAUAUACAUUAACGAAAUGUGGCUGGAUCCGGCACUCAAGUUUGAUCAUCUUAAUCCUUGUAAACAAAAUUUGUCAGUGAGCCAUCAAGUUUUGGAACAACUUUGGACACCAAAUAGUUGUUUUGUGAACAGCAAAUUUGCAGAAAUUCAUGAUUCACCGUUCAAGAAUGUCUUCUUGAUGAUUUAUCCAAACGGAACAGUAUGGGUCAAUUAUCGUGUCAACGUCAAAGGUCCGUGUGAUCUGUCAUUAGAGCUGUUCCCACUUGACAUUCAAGAGUGUCACCUUAUUUAUGAAAGUUUCAACUACAACAACCAAGAAGUUCGAAUGCGAUGGAACGAGAAAAGCGCUGAACCUGUCUCCGUAACAAAUAAAAUUCGACUUCCCGAUUUUGAAUUAAUCAAAAUUGAAUCCACGCGAAUUUCGGCACCAUAUCCAGCUGGAAUGUGGGAUGAGCUUCAUGUGAAAUUGGUGUUCGAAAGAAGAUAUAUUUGGUAUUUCAUGCAAGCAUAUCUCCCAACAUAUCUUACAAUUUUUAUCAGCUGGAUCUCAUUCUCUCUCGGAACGAAAGCGAUGCCUGCUCGUACAAUGCUUGGUGUAAAUGCUCUCUUAGCAAUGAUAUUUCAAUUCGGAAAUAUUAUGAGAAAUCUUCCUCGUGUCUCUUAUGUGAAAGCAAUUGACGUCUGGAUGCUUGUUUCCAUGACAUUUAUUUUUUUAUCACUACUCGAAUUGGCUAUCGUUGGAUAUAAAACAAAAAACGAGGAGGGAUCGAAAAAGAAAUGUCCUCAUAAGAAAUUGUUGGACAAUUUCGAAGCAUCGCCUGCAGGAUUAUGUCGAUAUGAGAAAAGAUUCAUGUUACCAGUUGAACGACGUUCUGCACGAUGGGGAGGAAUUAUAAGGUUUCAAGUAUUCCAAGACUUCUGGAACUGGAGCCCUGAAAAAAUUGAUCGGGUUUCGGCAAUCAUGUUUCCCGCUUGUUUUGCUAUUUUCAAUAUCGUCUACUGGUCAUACUACUACAAUAAAAAAUUAGAAAAAGCUGCAGAAAUGAAAUUGAACGAAGACCGUCUGUGAUUUUCAAUAUUGUGACAAGAAGAUUGAAAGAUCUACUGACUUUAAUAAUUUCAUCUUAUCGAAUUAUCUCUUGUCGAUUACACCUUCAAAAGGACCAAAAGUAGGAAUCAAAAUGUGUAUCCAAUUUUUCCCCCGUUUUUUGUUUUUAUUAUUUCCCUUAUCCCCUUUACAUGAUGACUUUACCAAGAGUCCUUCACAAAUGUUCAACAUUUCGGGUUUUUGCCAUCUCCGCACUCUUGAACCGAAUGAUAGUCGUUUCAUCGUCCCAGUUUUUGUAAAUUGUGAUAAAUGAUUAUGAAUUUG